AAUGCUUCUCAAGCCCCUAUGAUCAGCUGAGAACAGAGAGAGAAAAUGGGAAAAGGAAAGCAUGACCAUCUCAAAGAAGGAGUGAGAAGUACUGAAAAUGACAAGAUGCAGCUCAAAAAAACUAUAGGGUAUUUUGAUGGGGUAAAUUUUAUUAUAGGCACCAUAGUAGGUGCAGGGAUCUUUGUGUCUCCCACAGGAGUGCUAAAAUACUCCUUACUUAAUGUGGGUGUUGCACUAAGCAUCUGGACUGCUUGUGGAGUAAUAUCACUGAUGGGGUCCCUCUGUUAUGCAGAACUGGGAACUGCUCUACCUCUAUCUGGAGGAGAAUACAGUCACAUAAAAAGAGCACUUGGAUCGUUACCUGCUUUCAUUUUUAUCUGGACAGCAGUGUUUACCAAACCAGCAUCAAAUGCUACUCGAGCCUUGUUGUUCGCUGAAUAUGCUACCCGACCUUUCUAUGGUACAUGCCCUGUACCAGAGCUGCUAAAGAAAUGCAUGGCUUUGGCAGUUCUUUGGUCUCUGGGGAUUCUGAAUGGCCGAAGUGUCAAAAUGGCUACUUGGGUUCAAACUGUUUUCACCAUACUGAAGAUGAUGGCACUAUCUGUAAUCGCCAUAGGUGGCAUUGUCCUGCUGGUUAGAGGAAGAAAGGAGAAUUUAGCAAGGUUUGAAAACGCAUUCAGUUCAGAGAUUCCUGAUGCUUCACAGAUUGCAGAAGCUUUCUUCCAGGGAUUAUAUGCAUAUGGCGGUUGGUGGUCCCUCAAUUACAUGGCAGAAGAGAUGAUAAAUCCUAGUAGAAAUAUCCCCUUGACUGUGAUGACUGCACUUCCUGCAGUGACUUUGUUUUAUUUACUGGUUAACAUCUCAUACCUGACAGUUCUGACACCUAAGGAAAUUGUCUCCUCAGUUGCUGUGGCAGUCACUUGGGCUGACAGAGUGAUCCCCUCCGUUGCUUGGGUUAUUCCUCUCUCUGUUGCUAUCUCAAUAUUUGGUGCUCUGAACAGCAGCAUGUUUACACUGGGCAGAUUAAGUUAUGCCGGAAGUCAGUCAGGACACUUGCCUGUUUUAAUAUCCAUGCUUAAUGUCCACUAUUUGACUCCAGCACCAGCCAUGAUUUUUUCAACCACCAUUGCAUCAAUUUUUAUUAUCCCUGCUGAUCUAAUUACUUUGACAAAUUAUUUUGGGUUUUCUGUAUGGCUUAUGAUUGGACUGACUUGUGCCAGCCUGAUUGUACUCCGAUACCGGGAACCUAACCUACCGCGACCAUACAAGGUUUUUUUACCAGUUGCAUUUGGGAUGGUGGCAGUUUCUUUGUUUUUAGUUUUGGCUCCUAUAGUCUGGUCUCCCAAGGUGCAAUAUAUCUACGCCCUUCUCUUUAUGUUGGGGGGCCUUCUGAUUUACCUGCCUUUUGUACAUUUUAAAUUACAUUUUGAUUUUGUUGACAGACUGACUUGUUACUUACAGCUACUGUUGGAAGUUUCUCCUGCUGAUGUAUAUGCUGAUGGGAAAUAUGAAUAAUAGCAAAUGUUUAAACCCUAUAUUGCUUACAAGCAAUAGACAUUCUUCUUGAAUUCAAGUGUUCACAGUCAUGGAGUUAAGACUCUGAUUCAGGAAAACACUUAGGCCCAGAUUUUUAAAGGUAUUUGGGGAAUGCAAACUACAUGAACAUGUAAAUCCCCUUUACAAAAGGGAUUUAGGUACUUAGGAGUCUAAAUCCCAUUGACUAUCAAUGAGAUUUAAGUUCCCAAGUGCCCAAAUCUCUUUUGAAAAUAAGAGUUAGGGCUUGCCUACAUGGUGAGUUAGUCCACCUAGACUAAAUUAUAGAGCGCAGUAGGGAUGUUAAAAAUCAUGUAAUAGAGUAACCAUGUCACUGCUGAAAAUCUCAGCAGUUACAGGGUUACCUGCACUGUGGGUUCUGCAGUAUAAAGCUUAGCUUUAAAGUACUGCAGAGCCCACAGCAAAGCCUUCCCGGGAGCAGGGCCGCUAGCCCUGCAGACCCAACUCCUGGGGAGGAAGCUUUGCUGCAGCAGUGAAGUCUCCUCCCCGGGAGCAGAGGAGGAAUCCUUUGCCCACCUGACUCCCCGGGAGGCAGCUUCGCUGAAUGUAACCAACACCAUUAGCCAAUAAGCAUCCAAUUAUCAGUUAAACAGUUAGCCAUUUCCACUCAAACAUCCCUAGUGUGCACUUGUGUGUUGUGCAUUAAUGGGCCACAUGGACCUCUUAGCAUGCAUUAAAAGUUCCCAACUAUUUGUUAACAUUGUCCCCUUUGAAAUGGAAUUCACAUCCUUCUCCUGUGGCUUAACUCAAACUCUAGUCAAGCCCUUAGACCAUGGUGGGGAAUAACUUUUUGCAGAGGAGCCACUUCACCAUUUUGGGUAGUGGUUGCGGGCCAGGUCCACCCCUGGAAAAGACGUGGGCUCAGGCAGAAGGGGUGGUUCCCUCCAGGCUCUGCGUGCCCCUGGUGGGGAAAGGAGAUUUCUCACCCUCCAGUGGUACCAGACUCCAUUGGCCUGGGGGUGGGGGAGUGUGCAAAGUCUCUCACCCUCACCCUGCUAGGGGUGCGCAGCAGCUUCCUUGAACAGCUGGCACUUCCCUCUGGUGCCUCACACCCCCGGAGUGGGGAGGAGACUUUGCACACCCCCACUCCCUCAGGACAAUCGGGGCGAGGGAGUGGGGGAGUGCGCAAAGUUAUUUGCUGUUCAAAACUGCUCGAGGCUCCCUCUAAGUACCGUGCCUAGAUUGGGAUGAGAGCAGUCAGCACCUCACAUGAUUAAGUCCUUUUAUGUAUAUAGAAUCUCUUUCAAAGUGGUAGAAUCUGUAAAAUCAGGAAAAAGUGUGUUUGCCCAUUGUAACAGUAGCAAAUGUAAAUACACUAUUAACUGAAUACAUGCCAGUACAGGUUGUAUCUCCAAAAUCCAGCACGCUCUGGUCCAGCAACAUCCCUGGUCCAGCAGGACCAUGGAUGCUCCUGGACCAGAGAGCCUGGAGCCUAAGGGCAGGAGGGCCGCUUGGGCUGGGCAUCAGAGUCAGCAGCCCAGCUGGGCAGGAUGGGACCGGGGCCGGAGCCCCACAGUAGUGUGUGUGGCAGAAGCCAGAGCCUCAUAGGAGUGCGGGAUCAGUGUCCCUGCAGCAACCCCCGGAGCCCUGGGGCUUCCCCUGGCUGUGUGAGGUUGGGGCUGGGAGGCCAGAUCUGGGGCUGCAUGGGGCCGGGGUCAGAGCCCCAUGGCUUUCCCCAGCUGUGCAGGACCGGGGCUGGGGCUGUACGGAGAUGGGGUUGGAGUCCCAGCCCUGAGGCUUCCCCUGGCUGUGUGGGGCCAGAGCCCCAUGGCAGAAGCUGGAGCCUGGGCAGCUCAGGGAGUCAGCAGUAAUUGGGCAGGGUGGAGGGGAGGGCAAGGUAGGGUUGCCUUCUGGGGCAGCCUGCCAGCAGCGGGGGAUGGGCUUGGGGGUUAGUAGCAGGUCCCGCAAAUUCUCUCGUGUCUCGACAAUGCUGGACCAGGGAGGUCCAGCCUGUAUGAUCAUAAAUACUUUAGGGACCCAAUGUAAAGUAAAUUGUAGAAUAAAUUGAUGUUUUGAUUUAUUAUUAUUUUUUUUUUAGUAUUAAGUAGUUUGUAUUCUAUGGCUUCUGGGUUUGAAUGCUUUGUAAUUUUUGUUUUUUCUGUUUGCCUGACUUGAUAAAACCUUUAA